UCAUUCUGUCGGUCGGAUUUUUGGCCUUCGGCGUUUCGAUAAUGGCAGCGGAUAAGACCGAAGCACCGAUGCUCGAGGCUCUUGUAGCAGCUAAGAGGGCCACUCCGAUCCAACCUGGUAAACGAUACGUGGGCCAAAAGACUGCAGUGGAGCUCAAGAAGACGCGGAAGGACAUUAGCGGUCUUGAGGGUGGUGCAAUACAGCUAUCAUCAGGGCCACGCCGGGCAGCUAGGGCGAUAAACCAGAUACCGUCAGAAAUCCUGCACGACAAGGACCUGAACGAAGCCAUCACCCUCCUUCCUGAAAACUACAAUUUCGAGAUCCACAAGACAAUAUGGAAUAUCCGGAAGCACAGCGCAACCCGUGUGGCCCUACAGAUGCCGGAAGGCCUGUUGCUGUUCGCCUGCACCAUCGCAGACAUCGUAGAGACCUUCUGUUCUGGUGUUGAGACUGUCAUCAUGGGCGACGUUACAUACGGCGCCUGCUGCAUCGAUGAUUUCACAGCGAGAGCUUUGGGCUGCGACCUGCUUGUGCACUAUGCCCAUUCCUGCCUAAUCCCCGUGGACGUAACGAAGAUCAAAACGCUAUACGUGUUUGUCACCAUAGGAAUUGAUGAGAAGCAUCUCACAGACACCUUGGCGCGGAAUUUCAGCCCCGGGAAACACAUAGCACUGGUGGGCACCAUCCAAUUCAACGCAGCGAUACACGGAACGAAGGAGGGGUUGGAAAAAGCUGGUUUCAAAAUCACUAUUCCACAGAUAGCCCCUCUAUCAAAGGGUGAAGUUUUGGGGUGCACAUCCCCGCGGAUACCCUCCUCAGCUUCCCCAGGAGAAGAAGGAGGAGCAGACGCUUUGGUCUAUGUUGGAGACGGCAGAUUCCACCUCGAAUCCGCCAUGAUACAGAACCCCAGACUUCCAGCAUACAGAUAUGAUCCCUACGGCCGCAAAUUCACCCGAGAGACCUACAACCACCAAGAACUUCACACUCUCCGCCGGGACGCCAUCUCCACCGCUAGACGGGCAAAGAAAUUCGGACUUAUCUUGGGGACCCUUGGCCGCCAGGGAAACCCAAACACACUAUCGAGUCUAGAAAACAGACUAAAAGAGCUACAAACCCCGUACGUAAUACUGUUGUUAUCUGAAAUAUUUCCUGGUAAGUUGAAGCUUUUUGAGGACGUGGACGCUUGGGUUCAGGUGGCCUGUCCAAGGCUUAGCAUCGACUGGGGAUACGCGUUCCCAAAACCUUUGCUGAGCCCAUACGAGGCCACUAUCGUGCUUGGACUACGAGAGGAAGACUGGGAUGAGGAACGGGGGUAUCAGAUGGACUUUUACAGCAAGGAGGGGCUUGGGAGGACGAAGAAGGGGGAGAUCCUCCCCGGGCUGCCCUAGAGGGGGGGGGUCUCUUCUGGACGGAAACGCCGAGGGAGAGUGUUGUACUGUAAUAAUAUUAUUAUCAUGGCUCAAGCUUCAAUAAUAUUCUACCACCA